AUGGCGGACCCAGCCGCGAAACUUACCCCCCCUGCCUCUCCUACAGCCUCGUUCUACGACUUGAGCGACGAUGAAGAAGGAGAAUACAACACGAUCAUGCAUAGCAGCUCUGGUCGCGGCGUGAAGCUGUUGUUCUCCAAAAGCAAGGUCUAUGUACAUCCAACGCCCUCAUCCAAAGACAACAUCCCCGGCUUCAUAGCCCUCAUACAGCAGAAAAAUCCCACCUCCGACGCGCGACCUAGGACUAGCUCCUCCAGCUCCUCGAAAGCAGACCGUGCUACAUCAUACCUAUUAGCCUGGCUACCAGAGUCCUCAUUAGGAGAUGCCUUGGACUCUUAUGUCAAAGUUGAACUUUCUGACGCCUCUUCGCCACCAAAGAACACACCCCUUGUGCCCCAGCCACCUACAUCCACAUCUCACACCACACCAAUAGGCACGUACGCCUUUGCCGUUCCAGUUAGCGAGAUCUACUCACUCCUCAUAAGACCGCCCAGUCUUGGCUGGUGGUUUGGUAGUGUCGUUAUCAACACCCGAGCAGGCAACAGCUUCCCCUCCCUUUUCUUCCACGACGACGAAUGCCAGUCGACCAUAUUACAGAAGAAGAAGCUGGUGAGGGAGAAAUUUGAUCCAUUCAGUGAAGAUGGAGGCGCAUUCUGGGGAGGCGAUGAGGUCUUGCGGUGGCUGAAGAGAUAUGUGGUCGUUGAGAAAUCUGGCGCAGAUCCUUCCGUAUACCUCAUUGAACCAAGUGCGGAGGACAAGCUUGGGUUCAGUGGAAAAACAUCGACGCCAAACAGUCCAAAAUUGGGCAGCAAGGCUGUCGGUCCUAUGAGCAUACAGGGGCCCGGUGCAGCGUCGAGCAGUAAUCGGGACGCAGGAAUGGAUCCAGUCACAAAGGCGCUGAAGCAGGCUAGGUGGAGCUUUCUGGAGAAGAUGAGUCAGGUCACAAGUUUCACGAGGAGGACUGCGCAGGAUAUCGUGGAGAAUCCUAAGGUGCCACCGCAGGUCAGGCGACUGAUGAAGAAUCCUGAGGUGCAGACCCUGCAGGAUGAGUUUGACAGCGCGAGGGUCUAUCUUGCAAGGUGGGCUAUGGGGAUUGCGGAACAGAGUGAAAGGGAAAGGAGCCAAAGGAUCUUUACGGCGCAGGAUGUACUCGAGAUGGAGGACAGUGAUGUGGGAGAGUUCGAGAUCCUGGAUAUGGAGGCCAACAAUCUCUCGUUGGCCGAGAAGAGGAAGCCUCUCUCAAUGAAAGAAUGGAGGAGCUUCUUUGACACGAAAGUUGGUCGGCUGCAAGUCACCGUCGAUGAAGUGAAGGAGAGGAUCUUCCUUGGCGGUCUUGAUCCGAACGAUGGCGUACGGAAAGAAGCAUGGCUCUUCUUGCUUGGGGUCUAUGACUGGGACAGCACAGCAGAUGAGAGGAAAGCGAUGAUUAACAGCAAAAGAGACGAGUUCGUCAGGCUGAAAGGGGCGUGGUGGGAGCGGAUGGUGGACGGCAGCGGCAAUGCCGAGGAGACUGAGUGGUGGAAAGAGCAGAGGGGCAGGAUAGAGAAAGAUGUCCACCGCACGGAUCGUCAGAUUCCUCUCUUCGAGGGCGAAGACAUACCUCAUCCUGAUCCUGACUCACCAUUUGCAGAGGUCGGCACCAACGUUCAUCUUGAGCAGAUGAAAGAUAUGCUCCUCACCUAUAAUGAGUACAAUCGUGACCUUGGCUAUGUCCAGGGUAUGAGCGAUCUUCUGGCUCCUAUCUACGCCGUUGAGCAAGACGAUGCUGUAGCCUUCUGGGGAUUCGUUGGUUUCAUGGACCGGAUGGAGCGCAAUUUCCUCCGCGACCAAUCCGGCAUGCGCACCCAACUCCUCACCCUCGACCACCUCGUUCAACUCAUGGACCCAACCCUCUACCUCCACCUCCAAUCCGCUGACUCCACCAACUUCUUUUUCUUCUUCCGAAUGCUACUCGUCUGGUACAAGCGUGAGUUUGAAUGGGCCGACGUUCUCCGGUUAUGGGAGUCCUUAUGGACGGAUUAUAUGAGUAGUAACUUCCAUCUAUUUAUUGCGUUGGCGAUAUUGGAGAAGCAUCGAGAUGUCAUCAUGGAGCAUUUGAAGCAUUUUGACGAGGUGCUGAAAUACGUCAACGAACUGUCAAACACAAUCGACCUAUCCUCCACCCUCCUCCGCGCCCAAGCCCUCUUCCGCCGCUUUCAACGCACGGUCGAAGCAGUCGACAAGCGGAAUAACUUCCCCACUCCUAGUGUCCGCCAGCGCAAGCCAGCUGAUAAGCCAUCCCCACCAAAACCCAGCAACUCUGGCUCCACAUCAGCGAUUGACGGGCGAAGACAGCCUGGUAGUAGCGCAGGGAUCGAUGGGGGAGAAGAAGGUAAGGGAAAGACUAGGGAGAAAGUCAUCAGUCCGGAAUUAAGGCAGUUGCUGAGUAGGAAGGUGGAGGUACUGGAUAAAAAUGGGGUGAAGGAGCAUGGAGGCGGUGUUGGAGCAUGA